AACUGCGUGACGAAAAAGUCACCAGUUCUUAACCUAAACCGCCAUAUUGUGGCAGGUUUUAUCUUUUAGUAUUUUUUAAAAUAUUUAACGAAAUAUUGAUCCUAAAAUAGCCCAAAAUGAGUCGUUUUUUUGCCGGUACCGAGUCCGAUACGGACAGUUCUUCGGAGGAGGAGCAAAUUGUGCGCCCGCAGGCGCCAGUUUACACGUUCAGUGACGAUGAGGAGGAAGUCAAACGUGUGGUGCGUUCCGCCAAAGAGAAGCGCUACGAAGAGUUGAUGAACAUAAUCAAGCAAAUCAGGAACUACAAGAAAAUCAAGGAUAUGUCGAGCAUGUUGACGAGCUUUGAGGAGUUACAGAAAGCUUAUGUGAAGGCGGCGCCGGUUAUUUUGAAGGAGGAGAGCGGACAGACCCCGAGGUUUUUCAUCAGGUGUUUAAGCGAGAUGGAGGAUUUUAUUGUGGAAAUGUGGGAGGAUAGAGAUGGAAGAAAAAACAUGAACAAAAAUAACAGCAAAUCUUUGGCUUCCAUGAGGCAAAAACUAAGGAAAUACCUGAAAGAUUUUGAAGAAGAUAUCGCAAAAUUCAAGGAAAAUCCCGACCAACCCGACGAUGAGGAGGAAGAAGAAAAACAUGAGCCGGAGGCGGACAGCGACAACGACGCUCCUCCGACGAAAAGUCAGUUUGUAAAAGCCGCGCCCAAACCUCAACCGGUCGCUAAAGAGGAAUCGUCCGAUUCGGACGACGACUGGCCGUCGGACACCGACUCGUCUUCGGACAGUUCCGACGACGACGAGAGCAAAUACACGAGCAUGCGCGAACGGUUUUUGAAGAAAACCGGACCCGGUCAGGAGGACGACGAGGAAAAAGAGAAGCGUCGCGAGGAGAAGAGGAAAGAGAGGAAGGAUAAGGAAAGGAGGAAAAUGAAGCGGGACGAGGAGGAAGACGGUGAAGGCGAAUGGGAAACUGUCAAAGGCGGAAUUGCUAUACCAAGUGAAAAGCCAAAAAUGUUCGCUAAAGAUGCCGAAAUCGACUUGAAUCUGGUAAUAAAAAAAUUGUCGGAAAUCAUGGCAGCCCGCGGUAAAAAACGUACGGAUCGUAGAGAGCAAAUCGAACUUUUGCACGAACUGCAAAACGUCGCCGAUCAGCACCAGCUGGGUCCCGCGAUCAACGCCAAAAUCAAGAUAGCCAUCGUCUCGGCCAUCUUCGAUUACAACCCGAAGGUGAGCGAUGCCAUGAAAGUGGAGUUCUGGGUUAAACUCUUGGAGCGCAUGUCCGAAUUGUUGGACGUUCUCCUGGGAAACCCCCAACUUAUGGUCGCAGAAAGUAUCACCGAAGAAACUGAGAAUCUGGAAACGGCUCCCUUCAAAAUUAGGGGAUGUGUCUUGACGUCAGUUGAAAGAUUGGACGACGAAUUCACCAAACUCCUGAAAGAAUGCGACCCUCACUCCAACGAGUACGUCGAGCGUCUCAAAGACGAGAUCAAAGUGUCGGCCAUCAUCGACAAAACGAUGCUGUACUUGGAACGCACCAACGUGCCCUCGGAACUGUGCAGGAUCUACCUGCGCAAAAUCGAGCACCUCUACUACAAGUUCGACCCGCGAGUGCUCGAGCAGAAAUCCAACGCCCUGCCGCAAGAUUUGCCCACCAGCGUCACCGAGAUGGAGAAGUUGUGCAAGUUCAUCUACGCCAGGGACGGCACCGACAGGUUGAGGACCAGGGCCAUUUUGUCGCACAUCUAUCACCACGCUCUUCACGACAACUGGUUCCAGGCCAGGGAUUUGGUUCUCAUGUCUCAUUUACAAGAAACUAUUCAACAUUCUGAUCCCAGCACCCAAAUCCUUUACAACAGGACCAUGGCCCAUUUGGGUCUGUGCGCUUUCAGACACGCCAACAUUAAAGAUGCCCACAACUGUUUGGUGGAUUUGAUGAUGACCGGAAAACCCAAGGAACUUCUGGCCCAAGGUCUGCUGCCGCAACGUCAGCACGAGCGCAGCAAGGAGCAGGAGAAAAUCGAGAAGCAGCGCCAGAUGCCGUUCCACAUGCACAUCAACCUCGAGCUGCUCGAGUGCGUCUACCUCGUCUCCGCGAUGCUGAUCGAGAUCCCGUACAUGGCCGCGCACGAGUUCGACGCGCGCCGCCGCAUGAUCUCGAAGACCUUUUACCAGCAGCUGCGCAGCUCGGAGCGGCAGAACCUGGUCGGGCCGCCCGAGAGCAUGCGCGAGCACGUAGUGGCCGCCGCCAAGGCCAUGCGCAACGGCAACUGGGCCGCCUGCAACUCCUUCAUCAUCAACGACAAGAUGAACGCCAAGGUCUGGGAUCUCUUCUACCAGGCCAAUAACGUGAGGGAGAUGUUGACCAAAUUGAUCAAGGAGGAAUCUUUGAGAACCUACCUGUUUACCUACUCGCACGUCUAUGAUUCCAUCUCCAUGGCAACCUUAGCCAACAUGUUCGAACUUGGCAAACCAGUGGUGCACUCGAUCAUUUCCAAAAUGAUAAUCAACGAAGAACUGAUGGCUUCUUUGGACGACCCCACGCAGACCGUUGUAAUGCACAGAUCCGAGCCCUCGAGGCUUCAAUCUUUGGCCCUACAACUGGCCGACAAAAUCAACAAUUUCGUUGAUUCCAACGAGCGCAUCUUGGAAACGAAGCAGGGCAACUUCUUCCUGAGAGGCGGACCAAACCAGGGCAAUUUCAGAGGAGACAGGCAAAACUACAGGGGAGGCAAUAACGAGAAUUGGAGCAGACAAAGGAGAGAUCGUAAAGAAUACGCCAAUUAAUCUAAAACAAGUAUUUUUUUUAUUUUAUAAAAAAUUGUUAUUCUAUUCAUUUGUUUAGAAUACUUUCUGUUUGCCCUGUACCUACAGACAUUAUUCUGUUUUUUUUAUUCUUUGAUAGUUGCCCAUAAUAUAAAUAAAGCAAAUCGGUAUUUUUACUGUUUUUUAUUACAUCAAUAAACAGUUUUUAAAAACAAAAUAAAUCGUUUUAUUUCC